AUGUGGGCCUUCCGCUCCGCCCGCGUGGCGGCCGCUUUCCGUCCCGCUGUGGCCGCUCGAAGACCCUCAGCUCUGCCCGCCGUUCGCUAUCAGAGCCAGUACUAUCGCCGCCGUCCCCAGUACAACAGAUUCCAGAAGACCGGAAAUUUCUUCACUAGAUGGGCUGCUCGGCCGACAUUCUACUAUGAGGUCGGCGGACUCGGUGCUGCCGUCGGUGGCUUCUACGUCUACAAUCUCGAGGUCGUUCCCGUUUCCGGCCGCCGGCGGUUCAAUGUCGUAUCGCCAGAGAGAGAGAAGAGUAUGUCUCAGGAAAUGUAUGCCGAGGUCAUGCGGGAGUAUCAGGGUAAAAUUCUCCCACCUUGGGAUCGUCGAGUGCAACUGGUCCAGCGGGUACUUGACCGCCUCAUCCCGGCCUCUGGCCUUCACGAUGAGAGAUGGGAGGUUCAUGUCAUCGACAGCCCUGAGAUGAAUGCCUUCGUGAUUCCUGGUGGGAAAGUGUUUGUCUUCUCGGGAAUUCUGCCCAUCUGCCGAAACGAAGACGGCCUUGCCGCAGUUCUUGGGCAUGAGAUUGCCCACAACAUUGCCCACCACUCUGCAGAGCGCAUGAGUCAAAGCAUAUUUGUUUUUGCGGCAGCUCUUGCCAUCGAUAUCUUCCUUGGUGGUACUGGCGGCAUCACCAGGAUGCUCCUUGAUCUCACAUUCCUGAAGCCGGGCAGUAGGAGCCAAGAGUCGGAAGCUGAUUUCAUUGGACUGAUGAUGAUGGCCCAGAGCUGCUUCAAUCCCGAAGAAGCCGCCGCUCUGUGGGCGAGGAUGGAGAAAGCUGAGCAAGUUGCUGUUCCUCAAUUCAUUAGUACACAUCCAUCGAGCCACAAUCGCCAGCAAAAGAUUUUGGAAUGGCUCCCGGAGGCUCGAGAGAAGCAAGCUCAGGGCGAUUGCGGGGCGAUACUCGAUUACGCGGAUGCUUUUCGAAGGAAAUUCAGGUCAAGCGCUUGGUAA